AACAAUAUAGGCACUUUCAAGUAUUUUUAUGGGUGUGAUACACGUUUGUUUAUAACGAUGUUUAUAAACUUUAUGAUAGGUUUAACUAUAACAUAAGGGAGUGAUUUUAUAAUUUGCAUUUAAUUAGUUUUUCAUCUGUUUGGGAGAUCACAAAAUAAAUAAAAAAACACUUCAUUAAUUUCGUGGACAAAGUCUGUCAUGUUUCCAUUUAGUGACCACAAAGCAAAUAUUUGUGACAAAAUGCCAUAUUUGGAACACUGCCUAACUGCGUAUUGUGAACGGGUCCCCGGAAAAGUGUUAUGACAAAUGUUUUUUUUUUUUUUGGUUAGGUACUACAAGAAAGACAUUGAAGAAGUUUCAACACCAGGAAAAAAGAGGAAAAAAAGGCCACAGGAAGGAAAGUCACUUGACACAGUCGACAAUUUCACAGUAAAUGCAAUCAGGAAUGCAAUUUACAGGAUGUACGCUGAAGGUUUGAAUGUUACAGUCGACACCAUUUUGAAAGAAAUCAGGGAAAGACAAAUAGAUUAUUAUGGUGGAAGAUCAAGUCUUCAUAAAUUGUUAAAGAAGAUGGGAUUUUCAUGGACAACUGUUGAUGGACGAAAAGCUUUGAUAGAGAAUGAAAACAUAGUAUUGAAGCGAAUAGAUUUCUUGAGAAAGUAUAAAGAAGAAAAAGAAAGAGGUGCCAAUUUCAUAUUUGUUGAUGAAACAUGGAUUUUCCAGAGAGGCAAGGCAUUAAUUUAUUUGAAAAUUUGUUCUGUGGUCCAAUACAAAGUAUUUCAUUUCCAUUUCAUAUAUUUUUCAGGAACUGUAUCAAAGUCAUGGCAGGACAAGAGUCUACAAUCUGCGAAGAGACGUACUGUUGGAGAUGGUCAGAAGACUGCAGACUACCAUGGCGAGAUGAAUGGGGAAACUUUCUUGAUGUGGUUUGAAGACAUGUUGGUGCAUCUUGAGGAACCCAGUGUCAUCAUAAUGGACAAUGCUUCAUAUCACAGCACCCAGGUUGAGAAAACACCUACAACGAACUGGACCAAGGAUGCACUGAUCGCGUGGCUGGAGAAGAAUGAGAUAAAACAUGAAAAUAAUUUGUUGAAAGUGGAGCUGCUGAGAAUAGCUAAACAAAACAAGCCCCGAAUACGAUGGGCGAGGUGUGUGGAUCACGUGGAGAAGCUAAUUCAAGCAGACUGGGAGAGAGAAGUCCACAUAGACAGCGGCACCAUUCCUCCACUCAUCAUCCACCUCGGCGAGGAUAGUUCAAGUGAAGACAGUGACAGCGAAGAAUUUGAGGUUACGACACAGCAAGUAGAUGGAGACAGUGAAGUACUGGCAGUUCCUCUUGAUGAUUUACCCGGGUGUUCUUAUUGAGGUCUGUAUGUAAUAAACACCUGGGCAACUGUAAGUAUUGGGGUUUGAAACAUUUUUUUUUCUUUUAUGCAUUCCCAUUAAGUAUGUUGAUUACUGGAACUUUAUGUAUUAACUUUAUAUUACACAUAUUAUAAAAUUAAUAAUAAAUUUCAUUUCUGGAUUCGUAUAGGUGUAUGUGAAACAUUUUAUUUUGUUGUGUCUCUUCAUUUUUCAGUGAACUUACUUGGAAAACAAAAAGCCAGUCCCCAUCCAGGGCCGCAAAUAAAUAAUGCAUAUAAGUGGUAUAGAAAUUACUGUCAAUUCUUUACCACAAUUUUACUGUUCAUAAAAUUAUGAUUUUGUCUAAUAAGUAUACUCAGGAAAAUGUAUAUAACCAUAUUUUUAUUUGUGGCCUUAACCGGCAAAAUGGUAGGGGUUUAUUAAAUAAAAGAAGAAAAUUCAUUUUUAAAUGUUUUCAUCUGAAUUUGUUAAUUUUAUUAAACCUUCAAUCCUUAGUCUUUUCCAGAUUGCUUAGAUGGACAGCCAUAUGUAUAAUUUACAAUACUUUUUUUUUCAGAUGCAGAAAACUGUGUUGAACUGUACUAAAGGAUGAUAUUUAUUGCUUACAUAAAUGUUGUAAA